UCGCUUCCAGAACAAUUUCAGAAAUUGUUGCAGGCUCAAACUGGAAUCAGUUCAUCAGCCUUUCAGACAGAACUUCAGUCCAACCCUGAGACUUCAAAGCAUGGAGAGACUGGAAAACAAAUGGAGGUAGUGACCUAUGAUGAUGUGCAUGUGAACUUCACUCAGGAAGAGUGGGCAUGGCUGGAUCCUUCUCAGAAGAGUCUCUACCAACAUGUGAUGCUAGAGACCUGUAGGAAUCUUACUGCUAUAGGCUACAUUUGGGAAGAACAAACUACUGAAGAAUAUUUUAAAAGUUCUAGAAGAUGUGGAAGGUAA